CCUGGACGGCAUCGAGCAGCUCUCGCCCCUCGUUGUUUGCGAUCUCCUCGUUUUCGCGCCCUCCUGGAUAUUCUCGGGGACUUCUCCCACUCUUACGACCUAACGACCUCCCCUUCACGACAUUACGACCUUCAGAACGCUGACUAUUCAUCAAUUGUCAAUUAGAGGAUGAGCGGCCAGACCACGACUACCAGCAGUGCGGCUGUCUGUGCCACGGAGACAGCCAACAAACCGCCCUCGCUUUUCCAGAACGGGAAUCUUGUUUUCCAAGCUCAUCAUACCUCACCUCAGGUCGGAUGGAUUGUUGCAGCUCUGUUUACUCUCGCUGCAAUGGUCACUUCGUUUUGGCUGGUAAACAAGCACUUGUCCUGGUACACGAAUAAACGGGAGCAAAGACAUAUCGUGCGCAUUCUCUUCAUGGUACCGAUCUACGCUGUGAUCAGUCUUGCUUCAUACAUCUUCUGGAACAAUUCUACCCCUCUCUUGCUGAUCCGGGACUGUUACGAGUCUACUGUGCUGACGGCCUUUUUCUAUCUCUUGCUCAAUUACUUGUCACCGAACAUCGAGGAUCAGCAAGCUAUAUUCUUGAAGGUCGGCCUUUCUCGCGCUGCUGAUGCGGCGGCCAUCGCUCGAGGGGAGGAAGUGAAGAAAUGGGUGUUUCCACUGGGCUUCAUCAAGGCUAAACCUGCGGAUGGCCUGUACUUUCUUCAGAUGAUGAAAUGGGGUGUUCUGCAGUAUUGUGUCAUGCGCCCUUUAACGACACUGGCUGCGGUCCUUCUCAAUUAUCUUGGAUGGUACUGCGAGAGUUCCUGGAGUCCCAAGUGGGGGCAUAUCUACAUCUCUGCACUCGUCUCCAUCUCUGUUUCCGUCGCCAUGUACUGCCUGUUGCAGUUGUACGUCACCAUCGCCGUGUAUCUCGCGCCACAGCAGCCGUUGCUCAAAUUAUUCUCGAUCAAAGCGGUCGUGUUCCUAACUUUCUGGCAGUCGAUCUUCCUCUCGGCUUUAAGCACUUUUGGCGUCGUGAAAAAUACAACGUACAUGACUGCCGCUGACAUCAAUAUCGGAAUCGGCGCAUUGCUAGAGACUUUCGAGAUGAUGGUGUUCGGCUUUUUGCACGUCAAAGCAUUUUCAUAUCGGCCUUAUAAGCCGUAUCACGACAAGAGAUCGAAUGCUCCGCUGCCAAUCCGCACUGCGCGACUUCCAGCGUUGGCGAACGCUUUUGAUUUCCGGGAAACCUUCCGAGAAAUCUGGGCCGGCUGGGUCUACAUCCUGGAUCGAGUUCGGGGCAGAGAACCGGAAACAGACUUUGGUGCUCGUCGAACAUUGCAUUACGAGAGUGCGUUUGGCCGACCCAGGCAGUCCAACUUGCCAGGAGGCGACGCGUCGGCAGAGGAAAAGGCUUUCAUUGCAGAGCCAGCCGCCCCGGGGUUAGGGGACAUCUACUCGCGCAGGGAAGACUUCCCGUGGCUGGCGCUUCCGAACUACGAGCGGCGGGAAAAGAGUGAAGGACUGGAAAUGGCCAUCGACAGAGAACUAGCGCGCAGAGGCUAUGAUUCCAAUGCUCCCGGGCGCGGCCAUAUUGCCCCUCCACGCGAAGAGGCUCAGGGUCACAAAGGUCAACGAUCCUGGUGGCGUAGCGUGUACAGUCGCGUUUCGCAGUCAGCGCCGGACGAAGACGAGCAUCGGCUUACUUCUCAGCCUUCUCGACGCAAGAAAGUCAAGUCCAGCUCACGGGUGGAGACACCAGCCGACCGCAGACCGUUGUUCGAUGCCAACUAUGACUUCGAUGAUCCUCCCCCCGAACCGUUCUUGCCGUCCCGGGCUCAACAGACCGCCGACACACUGGGGCCAUUGUCAAAUUUUACUGCGCAUCGCAGUUCUCACCAGCGCGCUUCGCCUGCCCUCGCGCGGUCCGACAGCCUGCUCGGCCGGGUAUUCCCUCCAAGCAACGAAACACACGGCACAGAAAGUCUCCCACCCCCGUCAUCUUCUUUCCAUGGAGCUGUCCCUCAGUCGAGAAUGACGCCUCGGGGCCGGGUCGUGGUGACGAUACCUCCGAUCCUCGGCAAUGCUGUGCCGCCAGCCACGGGACCGACGUCCUGGUCGCCUCCGCCGCAGUGGUCUCUGGCUCCCAUGCAAGCAAUCCAGCCACCUGCCCCAUCAAGGCCGUCUUCUGGUGGGCUGCGUCGAUCGUCUGCGCAAAUCUAUUCCGCGGAUUCAGCCAGAAGAGGCCGGCGGCAGUCUGCCGAUGUGAGCCCUUACGGGUCGCCGUCGCCGACAUCCCCGUCCCCGCCACCCUCGUCCUCCGGCUACGCCACCAACAUGCCUGGACCAUCCCAGUCCCACACACCGCAUUCC